GCAUAAGGGGCGUUUUCCCAGCAUGACAAACAUUGAUCAGUACACCCAGCUGGGUAAUGCAAAGCCACAUACUACAUCACUAAACACAUACCAGCCAAGAUCCCGGUACAGUGUGCGGAGUGCCUGUAGACUGUGGUAGCCUACACAGUCAACCUGUCUCAUGCAUUUGGACUUAUACCGCAGCCGCUGGAGAUUUCCCCCCAUUCCCUUUGAAAACAUUGAAGUUGAUUUUUAUUAAAACACCUCCUGUGCUUGAUGACACAGCGUUGUGUUUAAAGCAGAAGCAUGGCGAGCGUUCAGACGGUGGCCACGCCGGUCGACGGAGAGCCUCACUUCGGUCACGGGCAGCACGGAUUCGCCGCGUCCUGCUCCGGUACCGGCGACAUGAUGAUGAUGUCUCGCUCCGGAUCGGUGGUCCUGCCGUCCGGGGUGAUAAACCCGUCGGUUCCGAUACGGAAUAUCAAGAUGAAAUUCGCAGUCCUCGCCGGUCUCAUUCAAGUCGGCGAGGUGGGAAACCGAGAUAUAGUGGAAACGGUGUUGAAUCUGCUGGUUGGAGGCGAGUUCGACCUGGAGGUAAACUUCAUCAUCCAGGAUGCCGAGGGCAUCAUCUGUAUGCUGGAUCUCCUGGAAGACUGUGAGAUCACCUGCCAGGCGGAAAUCUGGAGCAUGUUCACGGCUAUAUUGCGCAAGAGUGUCCGCAACCUGCAGACCAGCACUGAGAUCUGCCUCAUUCAGAGGCUGCUGCUCAAGAUCGGCUCUGUGGAUGAUAUGAUCGCAGACCUAUUGGUGGACAUGCUGGGAGUUCUGGCCAGCUACAGUAUCACCGUCAAAGAACUCAAACUGCUCUUCAGCAUGCUGAGAGGAGAAGGAGGAUUGUGGCCAAGGCAUGCUGUCAAACUUUUGUCAGUCCUCACUCAGAUGGCACAGAGACAUGGACCAGACACGUUCUUCAACUUCCCAGGGCGAAGUGCAGCGGCAAUUGCGUUGCCUCCUAUUGCAAAAUGGCCUUAUCAGAACGGCUUUACUCUCAACACCUGGUUCCGCAUGGAUCCUCUCAACAACAUCAAUGUGGACAAAGACAAACCCUACCUUUACUGUUUCCGGACAAGCAAAGGUAUCGGAUACUCUGCACAUUUUGUGGGAAGCUGCUUGAUUGUGACAUCCCUGAAGUCCAAAGGAAAGGGCUUUCAACACUGUGUGAAGUACGACUUCCAGCCCCGAAAGUGGUACAUGAUCAGCAUCGUCCACAUCUACAACCGCUGGAGGAACAGCGAGAUACGCUGUUACGUCAAUGGACAGCUCGUCUCUUACGGUGACAUGGCUUGGCAUGUCAACACCAAUGACAGCUAUGACAAAUGUUUCCUGGGCUCAUCCGAGACGGCGGACGCCAACCGGGUGUUCUGCGGACAGCUCGGAGCCAUCUAUGUGUUCAGUGAAGCGCUAAACCCAGCACAGAUAUUCGCCAUCCAUCAGCUAGGGCCCGGAUACAAGAGCACUUUCAAGUUCAAAUCCGAGAGUGACAUUCACCUGGCUGACCAUCACAAGCAAGUGUUGUAUGAUGGCAAAUUAGCAAACAGCAUUUCGUUUACCUACAACGCAAAAGCCACAGAUGCUCAGCUGUGUCUGGAGUCCUCGCCGAGAGAAAACUCAUCUAUAUUCGUGCAUUCACCACACGCUCUAAUGCUACAGGAUGUGAAGGCCAUUGUUACACACUCCAUCCACAGUGCCAUUCACUCCAUUGGGGGAAUCCAGGUGCUGUUUCCUCUUUUUGCACAACUGGAUUUCCAUCAGCACAAUGAGAGUCAGGUGGAGACCACUGUGUGUUCCACUCUUCUUGGCUUUCUGAUGGAGCUGCUUAAGAGCUCGGUGGCAAUGCAGGAGCAGAUGCUUGGUGGGAAAGGUUUCCUGGUGAUUGGGUACCUUCUGGAAAAGUCAUCGCGAGGGCACAUCACCAGGGCUGUUCUGGAGCAGUUCCUGUCAUUCGCCAAAUACCUGGAUGGCCUAACCCACGGUGCACCUCUCCUCAAACAGCUUUGUGAUCAUGUCUUGUUUAACGCCGCAAUUUGGAUCCACACACCCGCCAAGGUUCAGCUUUCGCUCUACACUUAUCUCUCAGCAGAGUUCAUUGGCACAGCAACCAUCUAUAACACCAUCCGUCGCGUGGGGACCGUCCUGCAGAUCAUGCACAUAUUAAAGUAUUAUUACUGGGCCGUCAAUCCAUCCCACACCAGCGGCAUCACUCCUAAAGGCCUGGACGGUCCCCGGCCCUCACAAAAAGAGAUCACGUCCCUCAGAGCCUUCAUGCUGCUCUUCCUCAAACAACUCAUCCUUAAGGAUCGAGGGGUUAAGGAAGAUGAGCUUCAGAGUAUACUUAACUAUUUGCUGACCAUGCAUGAGGACGAGAACCUCCAUGAUGUUCUUCAGCUCCUGGUGGCCCUCAUGUCAGAGCACCCUACUUCCAUGAUCCCUGCCUUUGACCAGAGAAACGGCAUCCGAGUUGUGUACAAACUGCUGGCUUCCAAAUGUGAAAGUAUCCGAGUUCAAGCUCUGAAGGUCUUGGCUUAUUUCCUCAAACACUUAGGCCACAAGAGGAAGGUGGAAAUCAUGCACACGAACAGUCUCUUCACACUUCUGGGGGAGCGACUCAUGCUGCACUCCAACACGCUGUCUAUUACGACGUACAACACAUUAUAUGAGAUUCUGACAGAGCAGGUGUGCACACAGGUCGUCCAUAAGCCUCAUCCUGAGCCCGAUUCCACAGUGAAGAUCCAGAACCCAAUGAUUCUUAAGGUGGUGGCCACACUGUUGAAGAACUCAACACCCAGCGCAGACCUGAUGGAGGUGCGGCGUCUGUUCCUCUCAGACAUGAUCAAACUCUUCAGCAACAGCCGGGAGAACAGACGGUGCCUGCUGCAGUGUUCAGUCUGGCAGGACUGGAUGUUCUCUCUUGGCUACAUUAACCCUAAAAACUCAGAAGAGCAGAAGAUUACCGAAAUGGUUUACAACAUCUUUCGUAUUCUUCUCUACCAUGCUAUCAAGCACGAGUGGGGCGGCUGGCGUGUAUGGGUGGAUACGCUCUCUAUAGCCCACUCCAAAGUGACAUAUGAAGCUCACAAGGAAUAUUUAGCCAAAAUGUACGAGGAAUACCAGCGUCAGGAAGAGGCAAAUAUUAAGAAAGGCAAGAAAGGUCUUGUCAGCACCAUCUCAGGGCUUUCUGCCCAGGCAUCGGCCAUCAAAGGCACUCUGGAGCUCGACCCAGAUUCCCAAACUCAAACCCCUGAGAGUGAAGCAGAUGAGCCAGAGACAACAAAUCCCGGUCGGAACCUCUUGUCCGGAGCUAAGAGUUUAGAUGAGGAAAACGCAGUAUCGGGUGUCCGCGUGGAAGUUCACGAUCUUUUGGUGGACAUAAAAGCGGAGAAGGUUGAAGCCAUAGAGGUGAAGAUGGACGACAUGGACCUUCUGCCAGAGACGCUGAGCGUUACCGAGAACGGAGGCGUGGAUUGUCUUUUAGACGACGUGUACUCUAAACUAAACAGUACAGUAAACAGUGUCCUGGUCCCUCAAACCAGCCUAGAGGACAAAACCACCGGUCCUCUCAUAAACCUCGCUGAUGAAAAAGAUGCACUUUCCAGCAAGAACUCAUUCCUUUUUGGCACACCGGGGGAAAACCUCUUGCCUGAAAUGGCAUCAUCCGAAGCGUUUCCACUCUCAGGAGUCGAACCUCAGGUCCACACCGGCUCCAGUGACCUCGGGCUCCUGGCUCUCAUGGCAAAGAACUCUAAAACGCUGGACGCCGGCCCGACAGCUUUGGAUGAAGAUAGCUUUAAGCUGCAGCCUGCUGUGAGUGGCUUUGGCGUCCCCGAAGGGGAAAGUCUGUCGAAAUGCCCGGGGCAGAUGGAGCCGGUGGCGGUAGAGCUGGAGGCUGAGGUUCUCGGGGCAAAGAGCGGAGCAGAUGUUACCAGGACAACAUCAGACACGGAGAAGUCAGAUGAUGGAACAGACAAAGAAAUAAAGAAGAUUCAGACCACCGCUACCACACAGAGUUUGCACAGCCGUUCUGGGAAUCAUUUGGACCGAGAUCUGCGGGUCGACCUGGGCUUCAGGGGCAUGCCGAUGACCGAGGAGCAGCGGAGACAGUUCAGCCCCGGUCCUCGGACCACCAUGUUUCGCAUCCCAGAGUUUAAGUGGUCCCCCAUGCACCAGCGCCUGCUUACCGAUCUCCUCUUCGCCCUUGAAUCUGAUGUGCACAUCUGGAGAAGUCAUUCAACCAAGUCUGUCAUGGAUUUCGCAAACAGCAAUGAGAACAUCAUCUUUGUGCACAACACCAUUCACCUAAUCUCACAGAUGGUGGAUAACAUCAUCAUCGCGUGUGGAGGAAUCCUGCCCCUACUGUCCGCAGCCACCUCACCUCAGGCUGAAAUGGAAGGCAUUGAGGCGACGCAGGGCAUGUCGUCUGAGACGGCCGUGAUCUUUCUCACACGACUGAUGGCGAUGGUGGACGUGCUGGUCUUUGCCAGUUCCCUCAAUUUCACUGAGAUUGAGGCUGAGAAAAACAUGUCUUCAGGAGGACUCAUGCGACAGUGCCUCAGGCUCGUAUGUUGUGUGGCCGUGAGAAACUGUUUAGAGUGUCGCCAGCGUCAGAGAGACAGAAAUCUGAAGUGCAGCAGUAAAUCUCAAGAAGGCCUGCAGAAUGUGGCAGCCACCAACAAGACCACCAUAGAAAGUUUCCCCAGCAAUGUUUCUCCGAUCAAGGAUCCAGAUCGACUUCUGCAGGACGUGGACAUCAAUCGCCUGCGGGCGGCUGUUUUCCGGGAUGUUGAUGACAGUAAGCAGGCUCAGUUCCUGGCUCUGGCUGUUGUGUAUUUUAUCUCCGUCCUCAUGGUGUCUAAGUACCGGGACAUCCUGGAGCCCCAGCGUGAGACGGUCAGGUCUAUCAGCCAAUCAGGAAGAGCCAUUCGACAGGAAUUUAAUUCGCCUACCAGCACAGUGAACCCUUCAACCCUCUCUGAGGGGCGUAAGGAGGCCGUAGAGGAUACACGGCAUGAGACAUCCCUCCCUCAUUCUGACUCGGGACUGGGUGACGAUCAUGUGUCCAGCGUGAUGAACGGGGCUGACCUGGAUCUCUGCAUCGGUGGUCCGAAUGGGAUGAGCGGGUUGCUGUGCACUCUGUCCUCAGAGGUUAAGUCUCAGGAAAACCUGAUUGAGCCGCCGCCUGUGUCGCAUCUCAAACCUGCCUCAUCUGUCUCCAGCAUCAGCCAGGCUAACAAAGGCAUCAAUGUCAGAGAGAUCCUGAAGAGCCUGGUGGCAGCUCCAGUGGAGACUGGAGAGACCGGUGGGCCGGAUCCCCUGCCCUACCCUGAUCACUUGGCCGUGAAGAGAGAAACCCAGGCUAUGUUACCCAUGCAGUUUCAUUCCUUUGACAGGAGUGUGGUGGUACAGGCCAAGAAGCCUCUGUCGGGUCUGACGGUGAACACAGUGGGUACUUCUGGGUCCAGCUGUGCCCUGGCCUCUGGCAGCACCCCGAAUAUUUUCGCCGCUACAUCCGCUACACCCAAAAGCAUGAUCAAUACCACAGGACCCACAGAAACAUCUGCCACCUCCUUGACCAGCUUUGUGAAUGGAGCCACAAGUAAGAACCUGCCUGCGGUGCAGACUGUAGCUCCCAUGCCUGAGGACACCAUGGAGAACAUGAGUAUCACCACUAAACUGGAGCGAGCUCUGGAGAAGGUCGCCCCUUUACUGAGGGAGAUCUUUGUGGACUUUGCGCCGUUCCUGUCACGUACCCUGCUGGGUAGCCAUGGCCAGGAAUUGCUUAUAGAAGGUCUGGUGUGCAUGAAGUCAAGCACCUCAGUAGUGGAGCUAGUUAUGCUGUUAUGCUCGCAGGAGUGGCAGAACUCCAUACAGAAGAAUGCUGGCUUGGCUUUUAUCGAACUUAUCAAUGAGGGAAGACUGCUCUGUCAUGCUAUGAAGGAUCAUAUCGUCAGGGUGGCAAAUGAGGCGGAGUUUAUUCUCAACCGACAGCGAGCUGAAGAUGUGCACAAGCAUGCUGAGUUUGAGUCUAACUGUGCACAGUACGCGGCCGACAGGAAAGAGGAGGAGACGAUGUGUGAUCACCUCAUCAGUGCGGCCAAGCACCGCGAUCAUGUGACAGCCAAUCAGCUGAAACAGAAGAUUCUCAACAUCCUCACCAAUAAGCACGGAGCCUGGGGCGCAGCAGCACAGAGGAGUUCCUGUCUUUUCCCCCUUUCCAGUCAGCUGCACGACUUCUGGCGUCUGGAUUAUUGGGAGGACGACCUCCGGAGGAGGCGGAGAUUCAUACGGAACCCUUUUGGCUCCACCCACUUAGACAUCACGUGCAAAUCGCUGGAGGACUACGGCCCAGAAGAAGAUGUAGCACUGAGAGGAAGAAAGGCCUUCCGUGGCCAAGCCGUGGUCAAUCAGAUCCCUGAGACGGAGCUAAUGCUGGAUGGGGACGACGAUACCGUCAGUCUACUGCAGGAGAAAGAGGUGGACAACUUGGCAGGCCCUGUGGUUUUGAGCACCCCGGCUCAGAUUAUUGCUCCAGUCACAGUAGCUCGCGGGACUCUCUCGAUCACUACCACCGAAAUCUAUUUCGAAGUGGAUGAAGAUGACCCGGCCUUCAGACGCAUUGAUACCAAAGUGCUGGUUUACUCAGAGGGGCUUCAUGGCAAAUGGAUGUUCAGCGAGAUUCGAGCGGUGUUCUCCAGACGUUUUCUACUUCAGAACACUGCGCUGGAGAUCUUCAUGGCCAAUAGAACAUCAGUCAUGUUUAACUUCCCUGAUCAGUCUACGGUGAAGAAGGUGGUCUACAGUCUUCCACGCGUGGGGGUCGGCACAAGUUAUGGCCUUCCACAGGCCAGGCGGAUCUCUCUGGCCACCCCUCGUCAACUCUUCAAAUCCUCUAACAUGACUCAACGCUGGCAAAGACGAGAGAUCUCAAACUUUGAGUACCUGAUGUUCCUUAAUACCAUCGCAGGACGGACUUACAAUGAUCUGAACCAGUAUCCUGUUUUCCCAUGGGUGCUCACUAACUACGAAUCCGAAGAACUGGAUCUUACAGUUCCUGGCAACUUCAGGGAUCUUUCAAAGCCAAUCGGAGCGUUGAAUCCAAAGCGUGCGGCAUUCUACGCUGAGCGCUAUGAAUCAUGGGAUGAGGAAACUCCGCCCUGCCACUAUUCAUCUCACUAUUCCACCGCAGCCUCAACUCUUCAUUGGCUUGUCAGAAUCGAGCCUUUCACCACGUUUUUCCUUAAUGCCAACGGCAACAAGUUCGAUCACCCAAACCGCACUUUCUCCGGUAUUGCCCGCUCAUGGCGACACUGCCAACGCGACACUGCAGAUGUGAAGGAGUUAAUUCCUGAGUUCUUCUAUCUACCAGAGAUGUUUGUGAACAGUAAUGGCUACUGUAUGGGUGACAGGGAUGACGGUGUUCCUGUCUGUGGUGUUGAACUACCAGCAUGGGCAAAGAAACCAGAGGACUUUGUCAGAAUUAACAGAAUGGCCCUGGAAAGCGAGUUUGUGUCGUGUCAGCUGCACCAGUGGAUUGACCUUAUUUUUGGCUACAAGCAACGCGGGCCCGAGGCAGCGCGAGCGCUCAACGUCUUUCACCACCUGACCUACGAGGGCUCCGUCAACCUCGACAGCCUCGCCAGUGAUCCCCUGCUGCGUGAGGCCACAGAGGCUCAGAUCCAAAGCGUUGGACAGACGCCAUCUCAGUUGCUCAUCGAGCCACAUCCUCCUCGCAGCUCCGCCAUGCACCUGUGUUUCCUUCCACAGAAUUCACUCAUGUUUAAAGAUCAGAUGCAACAGGACGUCAUCAUGGUGUUAAAGUUUCCCUCAAACUCCCCAGUCACUCACGUGGCGGCCAACACGCUGCCUCACCUGACCCUCCCCGCCGUCGUCACCAUCACCUGCAGCCGACUCUUCGCCGUCAACCGCUGGCACAACACUGUGGGCCUUCGAGGAGCUCCAGGUUACUCAUUAGAGCAGGCCCACCACUUACCCAUUGAGAUGGACCCUCUGAUUGCUAAUAACUCAGGCACAAACAAGCGUCAGAUCACUGAUCUGGUUGACCAGAGUAUUCAGAUCAACACUCAGUGUUUCGUGGUAACAGCAGAUAACCGGUACAUCCUGGUGUGCGGUUUCUGGGACAAGAGUUUCCGUGUUUACUCCUCAGACACAGGCAAACUCACACAGAUAGUGUUUGGACACUGGGAUGUGGUCACAUGUCUGGCCCGCUCAGAAUCGUAUAUCGGCGGCGACUGCUACGUUGUGUCCGGAUCCAGAGACGCUACGCUGCUUCUGUGGUACUGGAGCGGACGACACCACAUCAUAGGAGACAACCCUAAUAACAGUGAUUAUCCAGCACCCCGUGCGGUUCUGACCGGUCAUGACUAUGAGGUGGUGUGUGUUUCUGUGUGCGCUGAGCUGGGAAUUGUUAUCAGUGGAGCAAAAGAGGGACCGUGUCUGGUUCACACCAUCACCGGUGAUCUUCUGAGGGCUCUGGAAGGCCCAGACAACUGUGUGUUUCCUCGUCUGAUCUCAGUGUCCAGUGAGGGCCACUGCAUCAUUUACUAUGACAGGGGUCAGUUCUGUAACUUCAGCAUCAAUGGUAAACUGCUGGCCCAAAUGGAGAUCAAUGACUCCACACGUGCUGUUCUCCUGAGCAGCGAUGGGCAGAAUUUAGUGACCGGAGGAGACAAUGGAGUGGUGGAGGUGUGGCAAGCCUGCGACUUCAAGCAGCUCUACGUCUACCCCGGCUGUGACGCUGGCAUCCGAGCAAUGGAUCUGUCACAUGAUCAGAGGACUCUGGUCACAGGCAUGGCAUCUGGUAGCUUUGUGGCUUUCAACAUUGAUUUUAACCGCUGGCACAUCGAGCAUCAAAACAGGUACUGAGAGAAAUCAGCCAAUGACAGACAGGCUGCUCCCGUCUCAGAAAAUGCGUGACAUCACAGGAGCUCACGUCAUGGGGCAGAGCAACGCAGAAGAAGAAAUGGAGAUCAAGAAAUAACAAAAGUGAGAAGUCAGAGCAGUUUAUGUAAUGUUUUAAAAGUGAGAUUUCUGCUGUUUGGCGAUACGCAUGAAGUCUUCAAAAAUGCACAGGAGCGAUGGAUGGAUGAUGAUUUUAAAAUAAAUAGCGAGAGCACAGACGGAGGCCAGCACAUUUACAUUUUUUUUUCUUAUUUGAUCGAAAUAUGAUCUUAGUAUCACCUGAGCCAGCUACGAGUAGGUUUGAAACAGGCUUUUACUUGUAGUCCUGUCAUUUCAAAUGUGAAAACAACAUUUUGCAUAGAGAACCGAUAACAGUAUUUUUAUGGGGUUUAAUUUUUUUACCUGCUUGCAGCAUAUAUCGCUUUCUUUGUUUUUUUUUAAAUAAUAAUUUGGGGAAAAAUUUGCAAAAACUCCUCUGAUGCUGAGCUUAUGAUAUAAAACCUGUUUAUUUAAAACAUUCGUGUGGUGUGCUACUUUCUACUGUCUGUCUAGUAUUCCUGCAUUUGACAUCAAAAGUUUUUUGGAUUAAUGUGAGGAAAAAGCACUUUUGUUUACCGUGACGUGCUGUAUUUGAAUGUUGAGUAAGUCUGUGUGAGGAUGAAAGAUUUGUCUGUCGUGAAUGUAUUUUAUUUCUAAUUGUUAACCAGGUUAAUCUGGAGAUGUACUGUAUGAUGUACUGUAUGCAGCAUUAAAAACCUUUAAGGAAA